GCGGCAUAGAUUAACAUAACUGCUGUAAUACGAGUAAAUAAUCAGCUGAUAAUUAUGAAAAGAAUACAAAUGUGUAAGAAACUUAAUCGGAAUCACACGUUUAAUAAUAACUUGAAUCAUAAAGUUACUCAGCUCAAUGCUGCCGUGAACCCUGAGAUUCUUGUUGGUCAAAUAUGGCUGCAAGACGAGCCGACAGGUGUAGAGAUUAUCGAACUUAAUACUUCGGAUGAAAAUGAUCCGCCUCCAGUUGAAAACAUGAACAACUGUAUGGACCAUGCCUGGAGUUAUUCUAAAACUGAAACACUACAACACUUAGAAGACGAUUACAAAAUCAACCAAAAAGCAAGAGAAAGGCGACGCAUGCAGCAAGACCACCGUUUCUUUAAUGCAAGUACUGCAACGAACACACAUGAUCAAUACACAAAUAACAAUUAUUAUGAUUCUGAUAUAGAAAACCAGUACAAUGAGGACAAUCAUCUAAUCAAUCACCAAGUAAAUUGCUUUACAAUAAUAAACAAACAUUUCAUUCAAUCCGAUUCUUCGUCUGAUGCGGACCUUGAGAUAAUUACUUCUAACGAUAUGUUAAUGGAAGGCAACAAUUGGGAUUCAGGGAACCGUCCUUACAAGGAGGAAAUCAUAACUUAUGAUCCUGAUUUAGACAAAGAAGCACGUACUAUAUGGAUCUACUCGUUUAAAAAUAAACAUCUCCUUGCAGAAGAUGAUUAUGACUGUGGUAAGACGGCUGUUAGGGAUAUUUCUACUUCUACUUCAUAUUCAACAGAAAACGAGGAGGAAGAGAAAACUAAGGAUAUAAGCACGAGUAUCAGUCGCUUAGGAUCACCGGUACCUCCAGCGUAUAUACCGAGACUUAAUUUAUCUUUCGGUCCUACAUUGUCCACCGUUACCGAAGUAUCCGAACCGAACAAGCAAAUGUCACCGAACCCUUCAUAUAAAUCCCCCAAAAAUGUACUUCAGAAACCAAUAAACGGCUGGUUCAAAAAUGAAAUGAAUAAAAUUGAUAGUGCGAGAACGGUUGAAAAAUUUGAAAAAUCAACAAACAUCAUAAAUUGGAUGGCAUUAUCACCGAGAGAGAAAAGACGUAGGUCGAAAGACCCAGGAGAUAAGUGGGAAGGAAACAUCUUAAAGUUAGAGAGAUUCCGAAAUGAAGAAACAUUAGUUAAUAAAGCACAGGAGCUCCCAACAAUAAAUCCUAUUCAAGAAAACAAGUCCCAUCAAGAAAAUUCAUUCAGGUUGCAAGUUGAUGUCGAUGUUCACGUUAGUGUAAAUGAGAAAACGCCGGACAGAAGGUCUUUAGGAACACCAAAUGGUGGAGAAAUUGUUAUGAAUUCCAAAGUUGAAGAUAGAAGUCCUAUCAGCUUGUUAAAAUGUCUCCCACUUGAUUUUACAAGCAAUACGUUAGACCGCGGAGACGAUAUGAAAUUGGAACAAACCCAUGUUAAUCAUGACAUAAAAUUGGAACAAGCUGAACGAGUCGAUUGUGGCAUAAAAUUUGGACAAACUCAACAAGUGAUGUGCUUUACACCUCGUAAACCACAUCCAUUAUAUUUACGUGCUCACGGACCAAUAGAUGCACCUGAAGAGAACAUAAAAAUUGAUCCUGUCGUUUGGGACCGUGAAGAACGGGAAGAGGAAGAAACUGCGUCUUAUAAUUAUCUAACGGACAAAAUGAAAUGUGCUGUAAAGGAUCCAGACGAUAUGUGGAUGAGGAAUAACACGCCGUUUCUACAGCCGUCCAAAUGGGACGACUACGCAAGUUUAGCUGACAGUCCCCUCACAAUCCAAAUGUCGAUAAAUGAAACGGAAAUUAAACGCAAAACGUGGUUUAAGCGAGUUUUCAAACGAGUAAUUAAUUGUUGUCAAAUAAAAUCAGAAAAAUAAAACAACAUGCUUUUAAUUGGCGAAUUUAUUAAAUUCAAUCACUAUCAACUUCCAGUAAUUGAAGUACUUACACAAAAUAAACCUGCUAUUAAAGGUACUUGCAAAAGAGAGUUCACGACACAAAAAUAAUUCAGCUUGUAUCUGUACGCACACACAUACAUACAGACCGUGUUAUUCUAUCACAAUGUUUUACACACAAAACGAUCAUCUAGUUUCGUAAUGCAUAAUUUCCUAUUUUAAUAGCGUACAAAGUUUUAGUUUUUCUUUAAGUAGCAGAAACUCAGAUACGUUAUCUAGCGCAAAUUAUUUUUAUAAAACUUAGCCCAACUGCCAUCUAAAUGACGUUAAAGGUGGCAUGUUAUUGAUAUUUAUCUACUAAUAACAGCAUUGGAAUUAUAAGUUCUGGUUGUUUUCUAAUAAUACUAUAAAUUCAUAAACAUCAUAUUUGUUUGUCUUAUCGUUGUCAUCUUAUGGAAAAUUUUGAAUUUACCGGAACACAAUUAGAACCAACAAUUCCAAUACAGUUUAAUAUCUUCAAAUUGGAACAGUACACUUGGGCUUCCAGUAACAUACUAGAAAAAUUGCGCUUUAUUAAAAUAGAUCGUCUAUCGUCAUAAUUAUGAAUCUCACAAUCCAUUAGGGUUCACAUCCACCCUAUAUCUACAUAAAUAUUAUUAUACCAACCAAUAACAUCACAAUUUGCACUGUGGGCAGCAGGGCAACCUACUCUUUUCUGUCAAAUUUCUUUAUUAUGUUUUCAACUCUAUCGUUUAGAUAUAAAGUAAAAAAUACAAUGAAAAAAAUUGACACAAUGGAGUAGAUUGAUGUGCUGGCCACUGAACAUAUUUUAAGCAGUAUAUUGUAUGUGUUUUACUUCUAUCAAUGUAGAGGGAGUGGAUGUGCAAAGAGGAAUGUAAAGUAUUAUACAAUACGUACUGCAAACAGAGCCUUAACUAAAAAAAUCCAGUUUCAAACUAAUUAUAAUGUAAAAUGCAUCUUAAGUAUGGCAUCCACCAUUCCAUCUAAUCAGCAAUACAUGAUCACGCUUUUAUACAAAAUACAUACUGUUUCUUUAUAACCUUAGCCUUAACACUUGUAUGUCAAGCUCAAAUAUCUAUUUAAUAAUGAUUCAUCAACAAAUGCAUAGACUAUUUAAUUUGUAUGAGUAUUUAUUAAUAUAUCUAUAACGUAAUAUUUAUCGACUACAGGAGGAAAGUGCUACAAAAUACUUUGUUACAUCGAAACUUCACUAAUGUCAUAUCAUCAUUUAGGGUUAAAAGCAGUAUUUAUUGAUGGUACUUCAUUAGUAAGGCACUUGUCUUACCGCCGACGAGAAAACGACGUGUAAACUAGAGAUGCAUAUAUGAAUAGUUGAUCGCUGACUGUCCACACUUGGAACUAUAAGCGUUUGCUCCCACCGGGUCGCCAACACGUUUCCAAUUCCAGCUCAUUCAUCGUCGUUCAUCGUUGCCGGUAAGACAACUACCUUAAAUCGAUGUAACUGUCCAGCAAAAUGUGAAACACUAUUAGAACCAAAGUAUAGUGCUUCUUAUUAAUUUAUGCGACAUAUUCCAUUUAUAUAUUCAAAAGUUGAUGAAUUUUUAGAAAAAGUAUGGCCGAAAUGAAAAAGGUCGCAUCGAGCGUAGCAUUUUUAUUUAUUAUCAAAGAGAGUUGACAAUCAAUAGUAUUGCUAUUUUACGCAAGUCACGGCCAUUUUCAUUUAACGAGGCAUUUAUAAUUAUUUCACAUUAUGUAAAUAAUAGCAAACAUACAAAACACUGAGACCUGCUCAAUCAAACUCCAGGAAUGCCGCCGUAAUAUGGACUUUAAAAUGUAUAGAUAAGGUAAAAUUUUAAAUUCAAUAAGUAAAUAAUCACGGGUAAAUAUAAUACAUGAUUAAAUUUCAAAAUACUCGAAUAUGAAAUGUUCAAAUCACUGCAAUACACUAUCACACAAUUUUAUAUCUUAGCACGGUAUGAUAAAGAUGAAUAAAUAAACUUCAUUGUUUGUAUUGACCUAGUUACAGCUACAAUAAGGCCUAUGUUCCUCGUGUCGACCUGUUUGGAGGCGAGAAAGGUAAAAUAACUAAUGUAUUGAAAGUUUUCAAGGCGAUGUUUACAAGGGCUUCUGUCACACAUAGAUAUGCAUUAGUUAUACUAUAGUAGACCAUACACUUGUGGAAACAAUUAGACAUACUACUAACUAGAUCUUCACGUUUCACUAUCAACUUUAAAGGUCUACGCAAAACCGAGACGGCAUGGCAAAGGCGCCGUCAGGCAGUCGCGAUAUGUCACGGUAUCAUUUAAACAGCACAGCAAUUUAUGUUGUAUUUCUAUAAAACGUUUGAAUGUCCAUUAGCAAAAAUUUUAAUCCCUUGCCAUGCCGUCCCAGUCCGCGUAAGCCUUCAGUAUCAGUAUUGUAAUAUUUUGCGUUGUGAAGCCCUCAUCCACAAAAUCAAAGAUGACGCAUGUGACCUUAUCGAAAACUUCAAUGAAGUGAAUCAUCAAUUAUUAAUGUCGCUUAGAGUAAACAUUCAGAACUUUUGUUCAGUUAAAGAUUUUUUACAAAUAGGAAGCAACUGGUGGCCGCUAAGUAUACCACAACGCCAAAGGAGUCAGUGUGUUAUCGACCUUUUAAAAGGAGUGACUUCGAUGUUUUCUUAAACAUUUGACGCAUUUAUUUUAUGUGUUUUAUGACUGGAGUCGUCUAUGAAGUCAUUGUAACAUCUAUUUCGUCAUUUUAAAAUUUUUCCUCUAAGCAUCAUUUUGGUAAUCAGUGAAAUCCGCUUCAUUGCAGUUCUCUAUAUGCGGAAAGAGUGGUGUUGUUGGUCACGUGGUGGGUAAGGCAGGCAGCGCGAGCUCGCGUCGGAUGUAGAACAGUAUGUACGGCUUGCAGCCCGCCACCGCCGCCGCGUCCGCCGCGCGCACUGUCUGGUCGUUGAAGUGAAACCAUUGCUCCUCGUUGAUCGCGAACGCUGUGUAGUGACCCGAACCAGCUCUGUAGAGUAGACACAGAUAUUGAUGAAUA